CUUUUAACCCCGCGCGGCUUCAGACAUCCGAUGUGGAGCUCGCGAGCCCAACUCGUCUAUAAUUGGUGAAGCCGCGAGCAGCCGGUCACUACCGGGAUAGCGCUGCGCGGUCGUUGAGGUCUCCGGGUUACCCCCGGCUCAGACACAAUGCGAUGUGUCAGCUGCCCACUUUGUGAUACUCCCGCUUCACGCCGACGCGGUUUCUCUCCGGUGUUCCUCUUUUUUUUUCCUCUACUCAUCCGCGUUUUUUUGUUUUGUUUUGUUUUGUUUUUUUCUUUUGGUUUCCCAAUUUCACGUUUUGGCCAUCUGUCAACGAUUUGGCUGCCUGCACGCAGCCAUUACUGAGCGAAUGGCGAAGGGCAUGUUAGAGGCUCUCACAACAGCGAUCCGGUCCGCGAUACGAGGCGGACAAAUAGUUUGAGCCCUCAGUGCUCCUCCGCUCUCCGCUCUGCUCUGCUCUGCUCUCGGCGGACGGGAUCGCUCGCCCAGCACCGCCCGGUCAGGGACGGCACGGAUCGUGCAUGGUAGUAAACAAACUCUUUCGAUGUCAGCCAGCUUCGCCGUGCUGUGCCGUGCCGCGCCGUGCUGUGUGUGGCUGUGAGUGUGUGCACGGUUAUUUCCUCACCACCACAAGUGUUGAGAAAAGUAGGAAAUUUUGUUGGCCUACAGGAGCGGACAGCGUCGUAAACCGCAGGCCUGCACCGGUUGUGUUCAGGAAUCAGCAUAUCACUGUAUUAUAAGGAAAACACACACCUGACGGACUCAGCUACCCCUGAGGCAUGUUGUGUUAAAGAAACACCUAUGCAGGUGGAUCCUACACUAAUGAAUGUAGGGGAUGGAGGCACGGUGAGCAGAGAGAUCAGUGCUCCAAAUAAAGCGUCUGCUAGCAUGGUGGGAAAUCCCCCCCAGACGCUACCCCCUGAGUUUAGAGGAGAUGUUACGCUCAGUCAGCAAAACAAGACCACUCCAACAACAGACUGUAAGACAGCAAAAGCCUGCCUGGACACUAGCAAUUACAACCACAGCCCUGAGCUUUCUCCACCUCAACAGCCCAACAAUGCACCGAUGUCCGGCUCGGCCCUCAGCAGCUCAGAGAAGAGAGCAGACAAAAGGGCAGAGGCCCCUAAACACAAAGCCGAUGGUGCUGGGGUCUUCCCCGCUCCUCAGUGGUCAAGUGGCGUAAAAGUCAGCCACGAGGACUCGCUCAGCCCCUGUCACAGCAAUGUGACAACCAGUAAGAAAUCCCACCCGCAAACACAGUCCGUGCAAAGUGUUCCACCUGGGUUUCAGUGCUCCACCAUGUUUAAACCAGUCCAGCCCGUUGCCUUCCUUCCCUCCACUAAUUUUUCUUCCCCUCUUUGUAAAAUCACUCUUCCACCAGCAUUGGGUCAGAUUGCAGCGCUGAGAGAAGCCACAGCCAGUCAGUUUCAGAAGGAAAUCCAGCCUCAAAGCUCAGGUGUCGGAGGGACACCUCACAUGCGGACCUAUCCCUACCCGUUCUCUGUGGGCCGGACUCCAGCGGCCGAGAAAAAAGCAGGCACGUCGAAACUCAAAUCAAACCAUUCGUCUAAUAAGAACACCAAAUCUGUGGGAGAGCAUAAGUCUUUAGCCUCUGUGGUAGCCUCACCAGCUAUUGCCCUACCAUUGCAGCACCCGUCAUUAACUUCUGCAGCACCCACCUGCUACACGCUGUCUCCCACUGCUGCCAUUUGCUGUGGCUCGGCGCUGGCCAGCCUCACUUCUCAGAGCAGACUGCUGAACCAUGUGGAGAAAGGCAACAGCAUAGACAAGACAAACGCAGGCUCUCUUAAAACAACACCUCCCUCGGCAUCAGAGGACCACACGGCUUGCUCAGCUGAGCUGAGAGAUGUACCUCUUGAUUUGUCCGCCAAAUCAAAACGUCCAAAAUGCUUAAGUGACCCUCCAGUUACAACUAUUGAUCCUCAUAAUAAAGAACUGAAUCAGCGAGAUUUUGUGAACUCAAAGAGGACUCACUCUACAACUUAUAGUUCAGCUGUGCAAUACCCUGUCUUACCCAACACCCACAGAAAUGGUUCUCAUCAAAAGCAAAUAAACAGGCCUCAGAACCACCAGGUCCCAGAGCCCAAACCAAGCUGGGGUAAGGGAUCUCCACAGGACCCCAUCAAAAACAUCCCUGGAACUUACGUUGGUGUUGCUAGCCCCAUACUGGCUUCUACUCUACGGGGCAAAGAUGGAAAAGGGACUUUUGCGGAUGAAUUUCAGAGUUUUGCAAAGCAGGAGUUUAUAUCUAUAAUCGACCAAGGAGAACAUCUGGCCUCAGGGGGAAAGAAGCCAUCCUGUCUGAUGAAGGGCAACCAUCAUGCUCACAGUGUCAAGCAUGUUAAAAACACCAGCACAGCCAUUACUAAGAAUUGUCCCUCUAAAGGAGCCCUAACGACUGCCCUGACGAGCUCUCCCAACGCUCAGAUUCAUCCGAAAUCUGGACCUGGCAAAACGGCAGUGCCAUACUCGACCACUGUUGUCAACCCAGCUUGGCAACAGCCGCCUCAUCUGGCGAACCAAGCCUCGUCCGUUCAGAGAAAAAUCACACAAGGAUCUCCAAAGACCAAAGGCACCGCAGUGACGGAUGGAUCUAAGUUCCAGAGUGCCCAUCACAGCCCGUCCAAACCUGAGGAUGAUAAGUGGGAGAGAAUCAAGUCUCCCCUGUCGAACCUUGCGUCCAUCGUAAAGCAGCAAGCUCUCGAAACAACAGCACUGACAGGCGAGGGUAAUACUCAAGCUUCGCCUGUGGCACCGAGAAAAGUUGAUGCUCUGACUGGGAGCCAAGACCCCCAAUCUAAACAUGCAUCCACCUUUGAAUACCCACCGUACUGGUCUGUGGAAAAAUGGCCUGGUGUGCCAUCUCAAGGGGAUUCAACUCAAGCAACGAAGAGACACGAGAGGACGAACGCCACCGAGCCUUUGGAGAAUAAAUCAGAGUUAAACACCAGUCAGGGAGAAGAUUUGGGACUACAAGUGAAGCAGGGCUCCUCAAAACCUGCUGGCCAGUCUAAUAUCUUAGUUAGCAAUGCAUCAACAAACGGUAACAGGAUGGAGAGCAAACUAGCCCAGGUGUUAGAGGGGGGGGUAUCGAAGAAAGAAAGUGGGGCAUCAGACAGUCCUCCCAGUGACAAAUUGGAGGGCAUGGUUGCGGCUAUUCUAACAGGCCAGUGUGCCGGGGGAGGCGACAAGUUCGAGAAAAAAACAAAUGGAACCAAAGAGGAGUCGCCGACCAAAGCGAAAGCUGCUGCCAUCAAAAAAGAAAAGAAAACCAGCCCCAAGAAGCCCCCGAAGGAGAAGUCGCCAACGGGCCCGUCGAAGAAGGCUGCAGGAAAGAAGAAGAAAGACACAGAAAAAAAGACUCCAACCAAAGUGUCUUGUCAGAAUAAGCAGAAGAGACAAUGUGCACCUGUGCCGGAGCCGAGCCUAACAGCGGGAAAACUUCCUCCGCACACUAAAGAGACGACUCCAAGGGACAAGAUCAGUUACGGCAAGGUUGAUCAACCAACCCGCAACAAACCGGUUACAGAUAGCGGCAGCGGUCCUCGCCGUGAAGAGACUCCAGCGUCUCUUGAUAGCGCUGCUGUUCCCAAUAAGGAGACCGAAGCGACAGAGAGCUCUUUCCCAAGACUGAGGAGAGGACGGCGGCGAGCUGAUGAGGCUCGACUCGACCUCUGGGGCUUUGCAACCCCUUCCCCUCCACCCCCACCGAUGCCUCCUCCCCCUGCAGCUUCUCUUCCACCCUCUCCGACUCCCAGCCAACCCACCCGCCGUCCGAGAGGGAGGCCCCGCUCAAACCCCCUGCCACAGCGCGGGUUUCAGGGCAAGGGCAAGGCAGCCCGCGCCGACGGUGAAUCGCCCGCCAAUAAGAAACGCCGGCGAUGUCGCAGCAAAAAGUAUCAGACUGGGGAGUACAUCACUGAGAAAGACAAGCUGGAAGAUGGAGAGCACCUCCAAGGGUCGGACUCCCAGAGACAGGACGGUGGUGUCCCAGCAGAUCCACGGGCGGAUCAGUGUCCGAGUCCCGCUGCCUCCAGUCCCGAGCCGCCUCCUCGGAGGUCCUCGUUCACCCGCUCGGGGACGGUCCGCUACCAGGAGAGCGAGGAGGUCUCGCCAGAGGGCAACGACAAGCCGUCCGGGAAGAGGAAGUUCAAAAGCAAACACUUAAGUGACAACGACGAUCAGAAGAUUAAGACCAAACGCAGCAGCCUGGGCAAGCGUGGUGCCUCAGUUGCUCCGGAUGAUGACGGUGCUGAUGCAAAGAGAACAGCAAGCCCUCCACCGGCUCCAAAAACUUUGCCGUCGUCACCUCCGAAUAAGAAAGGCACGUCUGGAAAAAGCAGCGGGUCAGAGUCUCCAUCCAAGAGGCCUGUCCCCCCAGAGGUCCGGCGCCUGAUUGUUAAUAAGAAUGCCGGGGAGACGUUGCUGCAGCGUGCCGCACGUUUGGGCUAUCAGGAUGUCGUUCAGUACUGUCUCGAGAAGGACAUCAGGGAGGUCAAUCGGCGGGAUAAUGCCGGGUACACUGCUCUCCACGAGGCGUCCUCUCGAGGCUGGACUCAGAUUGUCCAGAUGCUGCUGAAACACGGGGCCGAUGUCAACUGUAGCGCCCAGGACGGAACACGGCCCCUUCAUGACGCAGUAGCGAGCGAUAACCUUCCGAUCGUCUGGUUGCUCCUGAACCACGGUGCGGACCCGACCCUGGCUACCUACUCUGGACACACACCGGUGAAACUGGCUCACAGCCCGAGCAUGAAGACCUUCCUCACAGAAUAUUUCACAGACCUGGAAGGACGGAAGGAACAGGAUCCCACUUUACACUGGGAUUUCUACAGCAGCUCCCUGUUUGAGACCGACCAGGAGCCCUGCUGGGACUUCCUGCUGUCUGAGGAGAACCAGGAGCUGGAGGAGAACACGGCGGGGAAGACGGACCCGGACCUGGAAAAAGACAGUCUUCUGUUUGAGUUCUCCUCCGAGCCGCUGCUACCCUGCUACCACGUCCAGGUGUCGUUGACCCAGGGCUUUUGCAACUGGUUCCUCCUGACAGACGUCCUGAAGCGCCUCAAGAUGUCGGCGCGGAUCUUCCGGGCUCGUUACCCGCACCUGGAGGUGGUGAGCCUGCCGCCCGCUGAGCUCUGGAAGCAGGUGUCGGUGAGCCAGGUGAGCUCGGCUCUGGUGUCACCCUACAGAGGCAAACGCAAGGAGGAGGACAGCAAGGAAGAGGAGGAGGAAGGACUUGUGGAUCUGGUGCGAUGUGUACCAGAGCUCCAGAGACUACUGGGCUCCUCCAUUCACAUCCUACAGGAGGACGAGGAGGAGGAAGAGGAGGAGGAGGAGGAGGAGACGCCGAGGAGCACAGGGAAGCCUCGCUGCCGAUAGCCUCUCUUUCACAGCACUCCUUUACCCAGCUCGAGCAGCUCAAAGGAAAACCUCUCCGUCCAGAGUAACAAGGGUCGUGAGCGCCUGUAAAGACUUGACACUCCACCGAUAACCUUUGACCUCAGACAGAAGGUGAUUAAGUGAUCACAAGGACCUGCACACGGGAGCAGUCGGCGCCGGAAAAAGCAGCUUUCAGGUUCCUAUCUAUAGGUAUAUUUGAAUAAAUGAGAACUAUUGAACAAACCUUUUUUUAUUGAUUAUGUAUGUACAUGGUAGUGUAUAUGUAUAUCUUGCCAUCAGGGUUAACACAUUUGAUUCUAUAAAUGUAUUCUUGUGGCAAAGGAUGGGAUUACGUUAGGACUUUUUUGUUUGUUCCUGAGGGAAAUUUUUUCGGCGGGAGAUAAUCCAAGGCUUUUAUCUUGGUGAACUCUAGCGUACAGCUAAGACGCUUAAGUCAGGGAGGCCACUGGCCCGGAUGGUUUCUCUGUCACAACCUGGGAGACCCGGAGACCCGCUGAGGAGAAGACCGCGGCACAUAUUAUUCAAACAUAAUCACCGGCUCGCAUUCAGAGCUUCAUUUCAUGUCCACUUUCCUCCAGAGAUUCGCCACCAGACGGACCUAAUAGAUGUUUAUUUCUCCUCCACAGUUUCACAGUUUGAAAAAAAAAAAUCAUGUCGUUCUGGACCUUGAGAUUGAGAGUUUGUUUACAGAGCUGGACAGAUAAUAGUGUCUCCACUCCUCCUGAAACUGAUACAGAAUCCUGUGGAUCUCACUCAGAGGAAAAACUCGUUCCAUCUCUGGAGUCCAGAGGUCACUCCUGAGACGCCCUCCUACUGCAGCCACGACUGUCCCCCCCCGACCCGACCUGACCCGACCCGACCCGACCCGACCCCUGACGUCCCGAUAUGGUGUUUCAGACCCCAGAGUGCUUUGUGUUGCAGUGUUUUAUUUACACUGUUUGUUGUGCUUAAUUUAAUAGUCAUUAAUAUAUUUGACCUCUUGUGUAUCUGACAAGCCUAUCUAUUGAAAAAAAAAAUGCUUUGUAUGGUUGGUGCUUCAUUUUGAAAUGUACUUAUUAGGAUCCCUUUAUUCUGAGAUUUUCCUCCCUCGUUCAACAACAACAGUAUUUCAAACAAAGCUAAAGUACAGUUUUAUUGUACUGGUGCUACGACAGAUUUUUGUGUUGACAAUCAAUGAUGUUUUGGUUUGAAGUCACAAACUAAUAAAAGAUAUUUAAGAUGAAGAGACUUAAGGUGUAAAGAGAAGUAUAGUUUAGUUAACGGAGAGUUAACGGGAUACAGCAAGACUGAAAGACUGAGCGGCGUGUGAAGAGCCUUUUAUUUGAUUCUUUUAUAAGAAAUCAACAAGAAUAAAGCAUGAUUGUGAAUCAUA